CUUGGACAUCACCUCCUGGCUCAUCGACAACGCAACGGUCUCAGAGUGGAACCUUCAAGGACUUCCCAAUGAUGAGCUCAGCAUCCAGAACGGCCUCAUCGUGAGCAAGGCGUCCUGCUACCCUCUCCUCAUCGACCCUCAAGGACAGGGCAAGAUUUGGAUCAAGAACAGAGAAGCAAUGAAUGAGCUACAGAUCACGUCGCUGAACCACAAGUACUUCCGCACCCACCUGGAGGACUCGCUCUCUCUGGGCCGGCCGCUGCUCAUUGAGGACGUGGAGGAGGAGCUGGAUCCCGUCCUGGACAACCUCCUGGACCGUAACUUCAUCAAAUCUGGCUCAAUCCUGAAGGUGGUGGUUGGCGACAAGGAGUGUGACAUCAUGCCGGGCUUCAUGCUGUACAUCACCACCAAGCUGCCCAACCCCGCCUACACCCCGGAGGUCUCGGCCAAGACUGCCAUCAUUGACUUCACUGUGACUGUGCAUGGCCUCGAGGAUCAGCUGUUGGGUCGGGUCAUCAGGACGGAGAAGAGUGACCUCGAGAGUGAGCGUGUGGCACUCAUCGAGGAGGUAAUGGAGAACAAGCGGCGGAUGAAGGAGCUGGAGGACAACCUGCUCUUCCGUCUCACCUCAGUACAGGGCUCACUAGUGGAUGACGAGGACCUGAUCAUGGUGCUGCAGGACACUAAAUCCACCGCGCAGGACGUGAGCACCAAGCUGCAUGUUGCCUCGGAGACGGAGCGCAAGAUCAACGGUGCUCGUGAAGAGUACCGCCCGGUAGCCACACGUGGCUCCAUCCUCUACUUCCUCAUCACCGACAUGGCUGUGGUCUCCUGCAUGUACCAGACCUCCCUCAGGCAGUUCCUCGUCCUCUUUGAUAUGUCUAUGAUCAAGUCCGACCGCAGCAACAACCCCAAGGUAAGGAUUGGAAACAUCAUCCGCUUCCUCACUGUCACUGUCUGGAGGAAUGCUUGUCGAGGCUUCUACGAGAGGCACAAGUUCCUCUUCACGCUCCUCCUGGCCAUGAAGAUUGACCUCCAGUGUGGCCACAUUUCGCAUGAGGAGUUUAUGAAGUUCAUCAAGGGUGGAGCCUCCCUGGACCUGAAGGCGGUGCAGCCCAAGCCGUUCCGCUGGGUGCUGGACAUCACGUGGCUGAACCUGGUGGAGCUGAGCAAGUUGCAGCAGUUCAACUCCCUGCUCGACCAGAUCACUGAGAACGAGAAGGACUGGCGGCUCUGGUUUGAGAAGGACAAGCCCGAGGAGGAGGAGCUGCCUUGUGGGUACUCUCGCUCCCUGGACAUGUUCCGUCAGCUGCUGCUCAUCCGCUCCUGGUGCCCUGAUCGUACCCUUUCCCAGGCCCGACGCUACAUUCGCAGUGCCUUGGGUGAGCAGUAUGCAGACAGCGUCAUUCUGGACCUGGAGUCAACCUGGGAAGAGUCGGACAACCGCACGCCACUCAUCUGCUUCCUCUCCCAAGGCUCGGACCCGUCAGUGCAGAUUGAAACCCUCGCCAAGGCCAAGGAGAUCGAGUUGAGGUGCCUCUCCAUGGGUCAGGGGCAGGAGUCUCAUGCCCGGCGCCUGCUGUCCGAGGCCAUGGCUGGCGGCAAGUGGCUGCUGCUUCAGAACUGCCACCUCAGUCUGGAGUUCUGCCAGGAGAUGCUCGACACGGUGACAGAGUCCAGCAACGUCCACAAGUGUUUCCGUCUCUGGCUCACCACGGAGGUGCAUCUGUCCUUCCCCAUCGGUCUGCUGCAGAUUUCUAUCAAGUUCACCAAUGAGCCUCCACAGGGCAUCCGUGCCAGUCUCAAGAGAACUUAUGCUGAUGUGUCUCAGGACCUCCUGGACUAUUCCAACGCCCAUCAGUGGCCGCGGCUCCUCUACUCCACGGCCUUCCUGCACACGGUGGUGCUGGAGCGCAGGAAGUAUGGGGCGCUGGGCUGGAACGUUCCCUAUGAGUUCAAUCAGGCAGACUUCCGUCGAUUUUAG